AUGGGGCCAGGUGGGGCUGGUGUUGACAGGGCACAACGGAAACGUGGCUUACAACAGAAAUCGCGGAUUCUGAGAUUUCGAUACAAGGAUAUCAGCUUAUACACAAAGACGGUCAAAACAGACAAGGUGGUGGGGGUUGCUGCAUAUGUAACAACCGGGAUCUCCGUUAUCGAACGAGAGCGCACCCUCGCUCUUGAGUAUGAAUCCAUGUGGAUAAAGCUGAAGAAGGUAAAUUCGCAUUACCUAGAAUUUCUGGCGGUAUACAGGCCACCAAACAUCCUGAGUGCAGCUGCCGAGUCGCAUUUUGGUCUGGCGAAGGAAGCAGCUGUCCACCAAUGGGUUCUUAAUGCUGGUGAUUUCAACGCACCUUCAAUAGACUGGGAAAAUCUGACAGUCGAAGGUCACCAACUUCCUUCAGUUUUAAGUUACUAG